AUGUCAGGGAAAUUAAUAAAAGCUGACAUUAAUGGCUGGUUGAUUGGAGAGGAGAAAUUCUUUACAAAAUCUGAUGGACGCAAACGACAGAGGCUAGAAAUAAAGCUCUUUGAUGACACUGAGACAUUGAUUUCAUUACUUUUUUUUAGGCUGGUACAAACACUGACACAAAGAGAAACAGUGCUGUUCAUUGCAGAUGCUCGAAUCACCUUUGACAGCUUUCACAAUUGUUUGAUAGCAACAGCGACCUCCAAGACAAUCAUUACUCUCAACCCUGAUACUGCAGAAGCUAACCAACUGUACACAUCUGUAAGGGAACUGUUAGAAGCAGGAGUUCUGAAUGACCAAGACAUCCUCUCAGUGGAUUCCAUUAGUGAUGUUCUGACUGUGACCCAGCUUAAAGCUAGAAUUCAAAAACAUGCUGAUGUCUUUCAUUGCAUAACAUACGGUUUCAUCAGAAAUCUUGAUCUAAGUUCCGCCAUCUCCAAAGUCAUAUGCAAGAGAUGUGCCAAAUGCAAUUUUCGAAUCAAUAAGGAGAGUAAGACAUGUUCCAAUGAUGCCUGUCCAAAUCAAGGACAACAGCUCCAGGCUACUGAAGGCUUUGAUCUGCUGGUGGACAUCAGUGAUCACACUGGGACUUUGCAGUCAUGCAACCUGACAGGCACAGUGGCUGAGAAAACCCUGGGCUGUAAAGUUCUUCCAUCUACUAGAAGCAGAAGUGGAAUGAGGGCGAGCAUUUUGUCAUUUGCACUUGCUGACCCCGUUGAAGUGAAGCAAAACCUUGCCUCCUUUGUGGCUUGAUGCUGUUUUGCAACACAGCAACCAAACAGCAUGGUUCCUCGUGUGAGGAAUGUAGAAAUGUGGGCCUACUUGUCUAGUAAAUUAACUUUUUGGUUCAAAUACAUAUGUUGUGACUAAUUCAAUAUUUUUGACAUUUCUUUCCAAGGUCCCAUUUGAUCUCAUUGUGUUGUAAUUGAUCACUGUAAACAAAUUAACUUGGUGUAUCUCUGUAUGUUUGUUUCAAACUGAUUUUUCUUAAGUGCUUUAACAAAUAAAAACAAUGAAUA